GGCGGCCGGUCACGCCGGCCGACCGGCUUGGCGGCUAUAAAACCGGCAAGAGCCAGUGGAGUCUGGGAGGUUUACACGGCCGCGCAAGCACGCACGCUUCCCACCUCGCCAUUCCCCGUUCCCCAAGCGAGGUGGGGUUAUGGGCCGUGCCGGUCGCGCCCACUUCCCCGUCCACCUUCACUCCCCAACCGCCGCCGCCUCCGCCUCCGCCUCUCCCUAGCUAGUUAGUUCAGUCAAAUCGAGCUCCCCAACCACCAGCACCUCCGAAGAGCGUAGCUUCCAUGGCUUCUCUGUUGCGCCUGCUCGGCACCCCUACCUCGAUCGCCUUCCUCAUCCUCUCGUUCUUCCAAGGGUCGGUGCGCGGCAUCACGUUCACGUUCACCAACCGGUGCGGAGACACGGUGUGGCCGGGGGUGCUGUCGGGCUCCGGCACGGCGCCGCUCGAGACCACCGGCUUCGCGCUCUCGCCGGGGCAGUCGCGCUUGCUGUACGCGCCGCAGGGGUGGUCGGGCCGCUUCUGGGGCCGCUCCGGCUGCGACUUCGACGCCUCCGGGAAGGGCUCCUGCGCCACGGGGGACUGCGGGUCGGGCCAGGUGGAGUGCAACGGCUCGGGGGCCUCCCCGCCCGCCACGCUCGCCGAGUUCACCCUCGACGGUGCCGGCGGGAAGGACUUCUACGACGUCAGCCUCGUCGACGGCUACAACCUGCCCAUGCUCGUCCAGCCGGCCUCGCCGGAUUGCCCCGACACAGGGUGCCUCGUCGACCUCAACGAGCGCUGCCCCGACGAGCUCCGCGCCGACGACGGCCGCGCGUGCCGCAGCGCCUGCGAGGCGUUCGGCCGCCCCGAGUACUGCUGCAACGGCGCCUACGGCAACCCAGACACCUGCCACCCAUCCCAGUACUCGCAGCUCUUCAAGUCGGCGUGCCCCAAGUCCUACAGCUACGCCUACGACGACGCCACCUCCACCUUCACCUGCAACCACACAGACUACACCAUAACCUUUUGCCCGAAAUCUACUCCAUCAAGUGGUAAGUCUAACAAGAACUCAUCGCGGAGGCCGAGCCACGAGCAGCUGGAAGACGAAGUGUGGUUGGCGUCCUUGAAGGCCAGCGACGCUGAUGCACUAACAAUAGUGUCAUGGUCGACAUCCAUUGCCCUCCAAUCGGUCCUGUCAAUUGCGGUGAUGAUCAUGCUGGUUGCAUUGGAUCAUCCUCUCUUUAGCUUGCUAUGAUUCGGUAAGGUUGUGGUUCGUGACUCAUAGGAGUGAUGUAAGCUGUUUUUAGACGAAAAAUGAUUAGAGCAUUAGAGAGGAGAAAUGGAGAGAACAUUGUUUAGGACUUUUUGUUUGUGGAUAGGAGUUACGGAUUACGAGACAUUUACAAGUUGGCAAUUGCAGUUCUAGGAAUGCAUUGCAUUGGUUCAUAUUCAUUGCCUUACAGAAAAUUUGCUCUUUGAAUUAUAUUCUUAUUUGUGCAUACUUUUUUUUUGUUUGGGGGUGGAUCAAUGUUACCUGCUGAUGUAGUAAUUUGAAAAGAGAUGAAUAUGAAAUUUGAUAGUCCGCUAUCAUUAGCUUA